GUUGCAGUUUAGCUCAAGUUCAGUUUGGAAGUGAUGCUAAACAAAUAUUUAUUAAAGUUGAAGUGUUUUUUAAAUUAAUUUUGUUCUAGUGUUUUAAUAAAUUAAUCAAAUUUUUUAAACACAAAUCUAAUUUGGUUUAUUACAAAAAAAUUAAAACAAUUAAUUAUUAUUUCAAUAAUUAUUAGCAAUUUUUUCAAAAGUCAUGAAGCGAACAUUAAGUUUAGCUUUUAUAUUUUUGCAAAUUUUAAUAUUUGUAAAUGCCAAUGGUUUCUACUCCAUUGUAGCACCUGGUACCAUUCAAGGUCUGCAUGAUUAUUCCGUCAGCGUAACUUUACAUGAAAACUCCGAACCGGCAACAAUUAAAGUUGGCAUAAAAGGACCAUCGUACAAUGAACAAAAAACCCUCAAUAUAUUACCCUCCCAUACAGAAGUAGUCAACUUUAAAAUACCUAAACUACAAUUUGGAACAUAUCAUUUACAAUCGGAGGGUAUUAAAGGUUUAAUUUUCAAAAACUCCACUGAAUUGAAUUUUAAAAAUAAAGAACCAAAAAUGUAUAUACAAACUGACAAGGCGGUCUAUAAGCCGGGAGAUUUAGUACAAUAUCGUAUUAUUGUUUUGGAUGAAAAUACAAGACCAGCAAAAUUAGAACAACCCUUAACAUUAGGAUUUAAAGAUGGCGGCGGAAACUUUGUUAAGCAAAUCAAAGAUAUUCAAUUAACGAAGGGUGUGUAUACGGGAAAUUUUCAAUUAUCCGAACAACCAGUUUUGGGUAACUGGCUAAUAGCGGUUAGUUUGGGGCCCAAUCAAGAAGAUACAAAAACUGAAAAGAAAUUUGAAGUGGCGAAAUAUGUUUUGCCAAAAUUUAGUGUGGACAUAGAGACAGCUAAAGAUAUUGCUUAUGGAGACCCUUUGAAAAUUACAUUACGUUCCAAGUACACAUAUGGUAAACCGGUUAAGGGUAAAGCUAUCAUUACAGUAGAUGCCAGUUAUGGCCAAGCUAAAUUUAAUAAAAUCAUAGAUGUAGAUGGCAAGGGUUAUGUCGAAUUCGAUUUGAAAAAAUAUCUAAAUUUAGAAUUCUUCAGUCCAAAUAAUCGUUUCACUUAUUAUUACUAUAUGCCACCUAUCAACAUCUUGGCUGUCAUGACCGAAGAAUAUACAGGCAAUAAACAAAAUAAAACGGCUUCGGUGAAUUUACAUCGUUCUCGAUAUAAAAUUGAAGUACCUCAAACUGAUUAUGAAUAUGUCAUCAAUAAACCAUUUGAAUUGAAGGUAUUUGUGAAAAAUCUCGACGGAACACCAGUUCAAAAUGGAAAACAUGUUGUGAAACUUUCGAUAGCUAGAAAUCCUCAAUACUAUGUUCAUGGCUUUUCAGCUGUACCAGCUGAAGCAAAUAUGGAGUUUACUAGUGAACUUGAUAAAAAUGGUAUGGCCUUAUUUAAACUGACUAUACAUUCGGUAGGCUACUAUUAUGAUGUGAAAGUGACAUAUGCAGAUCAAACUAAGAAUCUACCACCUUUUAGGGGUAAAGAAGACAAUGAAAUUAAAGAUGAUGAAGAAGAUGUAGGACCUUUGAAAUUGGUAAAGAAAACUGAAAAACUUCAGCUUGAUCAAAAUGUUGUUGUCGAUAUUAAAUCGAAUAAUUAUAUUCCCUACUAUGUUUACGCCGUUGUGGCCCGUGGUAAUAUUAUUAAACAAGAACACGUAAAAUUACCCGAAAAUGUCAAAUCUCAUGAACUUAAAUUUAAGCCCUCAUUUGAAAUGGUACCCGAGUCAUAUUUAUAUGUUUAUUUUGUACUUAAUGGUGAUUUGAAAUUUCAAGAAAUGACACUUAAUUUUCCCAAAGAAUUUCAAAAUAAGAUGGAAAUCACGGCACCCAAACAAGCCAAACCCAGUGAAGAGGUUACAUUAAAUAUCAAAACUGAUCCAGAUUCAUUUGUGGGUCUUUUGGGCGUCGAUCAAAGUGUGCUAUUGCUACAAUCUGGCAAUGAUUUGGAUAGGAAAAAAAUAAUUGACAAUUUAAGUACAUAUGAUACUUCGACUCCUUAUAUGAGAGGUUAUGGAACUUAUCCGGGUAGAUCAUCGGGUCUGAUUACCCAAACCAAUGCAAAUUAUCCUUAUUCCACCGAUUAUCCUCGUAUCUAUUAUAGUAGACCAGGUUUUCCAAUGGGCUUUUCAGGAUCAAUGGGCUUUUCAGGAUCAAUGGGCUUUCCAGGACCAAUGAUUGAACAUAGAGUAACGGCAUACGGAGGGGUUUCUCCUACCCUUCACUUAGCACAACCACAACAUUCAACAGCUGGUAUACCUGGUUCCAGUAUGAUACCAAAAAUACGUAAAGAAUUUGUCGAAAAUUGGAUUUUUAAUAAUAUAGACAACACCGAUAAAAACGGCUUGGCUACUCUAACUAAGAAAAUACCCGAUACCAUUACUUCUUGGGUAGUGACCGGUUUUUCUUUGAACGAUAAAACUGGCUUUGGCAUGGUGGCAAAUCCAACUAACAUCGAGGUAUUCCAACCAUUCUUUGUGAGCACUAAUUUGCCUUAUUCCGUUAAGCGGGGAGAAGUUAUAUCAAUACCCGUAAUUAUCUUCAAUUACAUGGAUAAAGCCCUAGACGCAGAGGUUACCAUGGAAAAUACCGAUGAUGAAUAUGAUUUUACUGAAGUAUCUAAUGAAAUUGAGGAAUUAGUUUUGGAGGACAAACAACGUGUUAAAACGGUUACUGUAUCCUCGAAUAGUGGUAAAAGUUUGUCUUUUAUGAUCCGUCCCAAUAAGGUGGGAGAAAUUACUUUGAAAAUUAAGGCCAUAACAGCCAUGGCUGGUGAUGCUAUACACCAGAAACUUAAGGUAGAACCAGAAGGUGUAACACAAUAUGAAAAUCAAGCCAUUUUUAUAACUCCUUCUAAAGAACCCAUAAAGGAAACGCUUGAAGCUGCUAUACCUAAAGAAGCUGUUUUGGAUUCAGAAUAUUUGGAAUUUUCUGUGGUUGGCGAUAUCUUAGGUCCUACAAUUAAGAACAUCGAUAAGCUUGUGCGUAAACCCUAUGGUUGUGGUGAACAGAAUAUGGUUAAUUUUGUACCCAAUAUUUUGGUUUUACACUAUUUGGAUGCUAUUAAACGUGAUAUGCCGACUGUGGUUCAAAAGGCUAAUUAUAUGGAAGUUGGUUAUCAGCGUGAAUUGACCUAUAAACAUAAAAAUGGUGCUUAUAGUGCUUUCGGUGAGGGCAGCAGUGAGCCGAACAGUUGGCUUACUGCUUAUGUGGCGCGUUCGUUUAUACAGGCUAAAAAGUAUAUAACCAUUGAUUCGGAUGUCACUGAUGAAGCAUUACAAUAUGUUGUAUCAAAUCAAUUGGAGAAUGGUCAAUUUAAACAGACUGGACGUUUAUUCCAUCCGGCUCAUCAGAAUGAUGUUGGGUUUACGGCUUUUGCACUGUUGGCACUUUUGGAAGAUAUGGAUUAUUCCAACAAAUAUAAAUCUGAAAUCGAGAAAGGUAUUAAGUAUCUGGACGAUAAUAUUGAAAAGGAAAGCGAUACGUAUGCCCUCGCUCUAGCCUUGGUAGUAUUAAAGAAAGUACAACAUCCUAGUGCCAACAAACUUAUGGAAAAACUAGAAAAAUUAGCUCAUGAAGAAAAUGGUCUUAAAUGGUGGACAAAAUCGUCAAAGGAUCAUAACAAUGAUAUUGAAAUAACAGCGUAUAUAUUGGAAGCUUAUGUAUACACCGAACCAGCUGGAAAACUAUUACCCAUUAUUAAAUGGUUGAUCGGUAAUCGUAAUAGUAAUGGUGGUUUCGAUUCAACACAAGACACAGUUGUAGGUCUACAAGCUCUUAUCAAAUUUGCUGAAAAGUAUAUUGCGGGGGGAGAUGGUAAAAUGACGAUUAGUUUUGAGGCUCUCGAUGGAGAGGGAAAAGAAACCACUAAGGGUACAUUUUCGGUGGAUAAAGAGAAUUCAUUGAUUUUGCAAACUCAUGUGCUACCCAAAUCCUCCCGUCAAAUAAAAUUUGAAGCUAAUGGUGAAGGCUCUUCACUGGUUCAAUUAUCUUAUAGCUAUAAUUUAGCCACCAAAGAUGACAAACCUAGUUUUAGUAUCAAACACACAAUUCAACCCACCGAUUAUCCCAAUCUAUUACAAAUGGAUGUUUGCGCUGAUUUUGUUCCUGGAGCCAACAGUGACAUAAAAGAAUCUAAUAUGGCCAUUAUGGAAAUAUAUCUACCAUCUGGUUUUACUGCCGAUACCGAUAAGUUCGAUGCCAUACGUCAAGUCAAGCAAGUGCAGCGUAUUGAAACUAAAAAUUCCGAAACAGCUAUUAUAGUCUAUUUUGAUUUCCUCACGGCUGGUGAAGAGGUGUGCUUUAAAGUUAAUGCCGAGAAGACUCAUGCCGUGGCUAAACAAAAGCCCGCCGCAAUCACCAUGUAUGAUUACUAUAAUGCGGAUCAGCGUGCUACUGUCUAUUAUGAAGUUAAAUCAUCGUUGUGUGAUAUUUGUGAAGAAGGUGAAUGUGGCAAAGGCUGUGAAAAUAAAGAAGCUAAAAGGCAUAAAUAAUAUCAAAUAUUAAGAAUUAAUUAUUUACAUAAUUAUGUUGUCAUGUCGUCAAAAUAGCUUCAUAUAAUUCUAAUUAAAUAAAAAAGGAUAACAUCUCAAAUUUACUAUAUGUUGUUUAGGAGCUAUUUAUAAGACUUUAUAUUGAAAUAAAUUGCAAUUGUGUAUCCUUUGCGAUGAAAGGAAUGAUAUAAUACAAAACAUAGAGAAA